AUGACGACCAAGCUUACGGCAAUAGCCUUUUUCCUGCUCCUGCUCACCUUUGGUGAGUCCAGCGACAGGGAAGAAAACGGGUUUGGUGAAAGUGCGUAUGCAGUACAUUGGGAUCCAGAUCAUGCCCCUUCAAAAGACAAGGGUUUUGGUGAAAGUGCUUAUGCAGUACAUUGGGAUCCAGAUCAUGCACCUUCUAAAGAAAAUGGUUUUGGUGCAAGUGCUUAUGCGGUACAUUGGGAUCCAGAUCACUCACCUUCAAAAGAAAAUGGUUUUGGUGCAAGUGCUUAUGCGGUGCACUGGGAUCCAGAUCACUCACCUUCAAAAGGAAAUGGGUUUGGUGAAAGUGCUUAUGCGGUUCAUUGGGAUCCAGAUCGUGCCCCUUCAAAAGAAAAUGGUUUUGGUGCAAGUGCUUAUGCGGUACAUUGGGAUCCAGAUCACUCACCUUCAACUUCUGCUGUUCCUGAAGCACAAGCCAGACGCCACCAGAUAAAAGUUCAAACUGGCAUGUUGUUCUUGAAGAAGAAUCUGCGCGUUGGCACUGUACUGCCUCAAGGGACCAUGUUUGCACGAGGUGGUUCACCAAAGUCUGUCAAUUCUGUCAAUACUCCAUUGGAGUCAAAGUACUUGGCAACCAUCCUUUCACAUUACAAGAUACCUCACAGCUCGAUAAAGGCCAAGCAGGUUGCUGACACCCUUCAUUCAUGCGGCAAACCGGCUGACAAGGAGGAGCCUCACAUGUGCUUCUCAUCUCGCGAAGCAAUGGCCAGAUUCGCUACCAAAUCUUUGGGAGUCAGCGGCGCACGAGCAGCCAUUACAAGAAUUCAUGGGCAUGAAACCCCCAACACCAUGUAUGUUGUGGCACAGAUCGCCCAAUUCAGCAAUAAUUCGGUCCCAUGCCACCCUAUGGAUUUCCCCUAUGAGGUUUUUUAUUGCCAUAGGCCAAGAGAGGUGCAGUCUUUGACGGUGCAACUCAAGGGCUUGAAAGAUGGAACACCAGGUGUGACGGCAACAGCCAUGUGCCACAUGAACACAUCUGAUUGGGACCAGCAGUACUUUGAGCUGUUAGGCGGAGAGCGUGGUGAACCUAUUUGCCACUACAUGCCUACCAAUUACAUCAUGUUCUAUUAG